AUGGCGUUUGCGCAGCAUCAAUCUACAAAGAGCCCGAUGGACACAUUCAUUCGUCGUUCAGGUGGAAUUAACUUUGUAGAACAUAACAUUUGGCUACUUGUAGUAGGAACUGUGGUCACACUCGCAAUUGCAGGGGCAAUCAUCUGCUUUACGCUAAACUACCGAAGAAAGCUGAAGCAAAGCACAAGCAACAAGCGGCGCCCCUUUAAUAUUGACGCUGAAGGCAGUGUGGCUUCUCGCGAUCCGCUCAUUCCUGGUCAGACGCUGAGAGACCUUAUCGACACUACUUCCGGCUCUGGACUUCCCCUAUUGGUACAGCGAAGUAUCGCUCGACAAAUUCAGCUCUUGGAAAUCAUUGGAAAGGGCCGAUUCGGCGAGGUGUGGAAGGGACGAUGGAGGGGUGAAUCGGUGGCCGUGAAGAUUUUCUCCUCUCGCGACGAGCAGUCCUGGUUCCGUGAAGUGGAGAUUUACCAGACUGUGAUGCUGCGAAACGAUAGCAUUCUUGGAUUCAUUGCUGCCGACAAUAAAGACAACGGCACUUGGACGCAACUGUGGCUCAUCACCGAUUAUCAUGAACGAGGUUCCCUCUUUGACUACCUGAGCAAGAACACGGUCGACAUUGCGGGAAUGCUCAAAAUGGCAGCAUCAAUAGCAAAUGGCCUUGCUCACCUGCACAUGGAGAUCCUGGGCACCCAGGGUAAACCUGCAAUAGCACAUCGUGAUUUGAAAUCAAAGAACAUUCUCGUCAAGUCCAUGGGCACCUGCGCCAUCGCCGACCUUGGCCUGGCAGUUCGCUACGACUCGGCGAACAACUCGGUGGACAUACCGCCCAAUACGCGCGUCGGCACCAAGCGAUACUUGGCACCGGAAGUACUGGACGAGACCAUUUCCAUUCACCAUUUUGACUCUUUUAAACGUGCCGACAUCUACUCAUUUGGUUUGUGCAUCUGGGAGAUUGCCAGGAGAUGCAAUGUCGGAGGCAUCUACGAGGAAUAUCAGCUCCCCUACUACGAUGUCGUUCCAUUUGAUCCCACCAUUGAUGACAUGCGGAAGAUUGUGUGCACCGAACGACAGCGACCGCAAAUACCAAACCGAUGGCAGUCCUGUGAGGCACUUCGCGUUAUGUCAAAGAUUAUGAAGGAGUGCUGGUACCACAACGCCGCAGCGCGUCUAACUGCCCUUCGCAUCAAGAAAACCAUUGCCAAUCUUGAGGCACAAGAAGAUCUCAAAAUGUGA